AUGUGGAAGCCUACGCUCGAGCCGUUCGGAUUCAGCAUUGGCCUCGGCAGGCAAGAGGUCCACGUUGGCAUAGAAGUCAUCGCUCGAAUCCUCGGAGUGGAGCUCGGGAAUGUGCAUGCUCACGAGAAUAACUUGAAGGAAAAGGGGCAGAGAGACCGCUGUGCUCACCACCUGUAUAGGCAGCUGAAUGAACUCCCCCUCUCGAUCAAAAUGAUCGAUGAGGAAACUCUAAAUCACAUGAAGAUGGGCCCUAAGCAGCGUAGGGCCCACAUCGAAGAAUUCAGAGACGAAGAAGAAGAGGAAAGUGAAGCCAAAGAAGAAGACGAGGAAGAAGAAGAGGACGAAGGAAAAGGAGAAGAAGAGACCCAGGGAACUAACAGGGAGCCACCUGUCACUCGAAGUGAAUGCAAGGGCCUAGACGCGCUUAACGCUCGAAUGACCAAGAUAGAGGAAAACCAGGGGAACCUGGAGAGGAGAAUUAAGAAGCUGUCGCACACUGUGAAGGCGAUACUAUGCUGCGUACAGAAAGAGGGAGCACCCCCUCCUUCGCCAGACUCGGAAGACUAG